GCAGUCGGAGCCGAGCUGCAGCGCGGACGCACGCGGACGCUCUCUCCCAAAAAGUCGACCGAGCCAGCCGAGCCUUGGCGGAGGUCCGCUCAGGAAGACGACAAGAAGGGGACACCCGUGGACGCCGCGUAACUAAAAAAAAAAAAAAGAGAGGCACCAGCUCAGCCCCCCCCCCCCCUAAAAAAAAAAGGCGCCGUGAGACGCUGCAGCGGAUAACCGUCGCGGCGGUCAGCGGGGGGAGGACCCUUGUAGCUUCCCCUUGUGUGCUCCCUUCCAUGGAUGUACUUUGAGUGAUUGUACCCGCUCCUCGCACCAGGGACCCGGCAGCUGUCGCCACUCGAGGGGAGGAGGCGGCGGAGCGAGAGAGGGGGGGGGCGGCGCGGGAUGGAUUUCUAAGGCUGCCCAGACGGGAAUCCGCACAAGAAACGUGAUUUUCUGGUCGCUCCUUUUGCUUUGAAACAGACACCGGUGGACUACCCAAAAAGAAGCUAAAUGAGGAUUUCAGCAUUUCAGGACUGGACUAAGGAGUGAGUCCUCCCCGAAAAACAACAACAACAACAAAAAAGAGCCGGUUCCGGACUUGAGGACCGGCGGCGUCGCCGAUGCCAGUAGCCGGCGGGUGAGGCCAGGUCCGGGCUUCCCGCGUUGACGUCGUAGCCUUGGAACGAGCCUGGAGAAGAUCGGCAUGGCGAGGCUGUGCGCCUUGUGCCUGCUCCUGCUCUGCUGCUCAGACCGGGUCUGGGCCAGGUCCCGCGACGGAGCGGCAAGAACCAAAGUUCUUCAGAUGUCCAGACCUCUGAUCGUGGCAGGUUACCCGGAAAACAUCACAGCGACGGUGACCGGUCAGGCCAAGUUGCUGUGUAAAGUCCACCGGCCGGCAUCCACUCGGGUGCAGUGGCUUAAGGUGGAGCUCGAGGGACCGGGCCGGGGCCUCAGACCCCUGACGCCCCUGCGGAGCAACGCAUCCAAGUUGAACGCCUUGCAUCUGUCCGACAUCCGCCGAGAGGACGCCGGCGAAUAUGUCUGCGUGGCCGAAAGCAAACACAAAGGGAGAACCGUGCAAGCCAUGCGGUCGGCGUGGCUGGAAGUCCUGCCAGGUCCCAUCGUUCCCAAAAUGGUGGACAUGACAGAAACAAUGAUCGCACAAGACGUCCUGAUUGGGCACACGGCACAGCGUGUCCUGCUGGAGCCGGGCCAAGUCCUGAAAUUGCGCUGUGACACGCCCACUCGGCCGGGCAUGGCGGUCAACUGGUACAAAGAGGGAAACCGGCUGGUGCCCGCGCCCCGAAUCCAGCUCCGUGGCGCUGUCUUGGAGAUCGCCGACAUCACGGACGAGGACUCGGGAGUCUAUGUGUGCACCCUGCGUGGAACCAGAGGGCCCGUGAAGAACUUCACUGUCACCGUGACCGACUCGCUGGGCUCAGGAGACGAUGACGAGGACAACGGUUUGGACGACUCAUCGUCCGAGAUCGAAAACGACCAAGUUGACCUCUCGAGAGGUCCUUACUGGACCCACACCCAGAGGAUGGAAAAGAAGCUGUACGCCGUCCCGGCGGGCAACACGGUGAAGUUUCGUUGCCCGGCCAUGGGGAGCCCUUUGCCCAGUAUUCGGUGGCUCAAAAACGGCAGGGAGUUCAGAGGCGAGCACCGUAUCGGGGGCAUCAAGCUGAGGCAUCAACACUGGAGCUUGGUGAUGGAGAGUGUUGUGCCUUCAGACAGAGGAAAUUACACCUGCGUGGUGGAAAACAAAUACGGGGCAAUUUCUCACAGCUAUGUCCUUGAUGUCCUAGAGCGCUCGCCCCAUCGGCCCAUCCUGCAGGCGGGUCUACCGGCCAACACCACGGCAGUAGUGGGCAGUGACGUCCAGUUCCAGUGCAAAGUCUACAGUGAUGCGCAGCCACACAUCCAGUGGCUCAAACACAUCGAGAGGAACGGGAGCCGAUACGGACCUGACGGGACACCGUACGUCCAGGUUCUCAAGACCGGCAGUCUCAACAUGUCUGAGGUGGAGGUGCUCUACCUGUCUAAAAUCACCACGGAGGACGCGGGAGAGUACACCUGUCUGGCUGGAAAUUCCAUCGGUUUUGCCUACCAGUCGGCUUGGCUCACCGUCCUUUCGGAGGAAGAAGCCGCAGACUCCCCGGACAGCAUCGAGACCAAGUACACGGACAUCAUCAUCUACGCCUGUGGUUUCCUGGCUCUGAUCAUGGCCGCCGUCAUCGCGGUUUUGUGUCGGAUGCAAGUCCACCCCCGACGGGAGCCGUUUGACGCCCUCCCGGUCCAGAAGCUUUCCAAGUUCCCGCUGCGCCGGCAGUACUCGGUGGACUCCAACUCAUCAGGAAAGUCCAGUGCGUCUUUGAUGAGGGUGGCCCGCCUUUCAUCGAGCUGCUCUCCCAUGCUGGCCGGAGUGAUGGAGUUUGAAUUACCGCACGACCCCGACUGGGAGUUCCCCAGGGACAACUUAACGCUGGGGAAACCUCUGGGGGAAGGCUGCUUCGGCCAAGUGGUUCGAGCCGAGGCCUACGGCAUCAACAAGGACUCUCCGGACCAGGCCACCACUGUGGCGGUGAAAAUGCUUAAAGACGAUGCCACGGACAAAGAUCUCGCUGACCUCAUCUCCGAAAUGGAGCUGAUGAAGGUGAUGGACAAACACAAGAACAUCAUCAACCUGCUUGGAGUCUGCACGCAGGAGGGACCCCUGUACGUACUGGUGGAGUACGCCUCGAAAGGCAGCCUGCGCGAGUACUUGCGAGCGCGACGGCCUCCGGGCAUGGACUACACUUUCGACGUCACCAAGGUGCCUGAGGAGCAGCUCACCUUCAAGGAUUUGCUGUCUUGUGCCUACCAGGUGGCCCGAGGGAUGGAAUACCUGGCCUCUAAACGGUGCAUCCACCGAGAUUUGGCGGCCAGGAACGUCCUGGUGACCGAGGACAACGUGAUGAAAAUCGCCGACUUCGGCCUGGCAAGGGGCGUCCACCAGAUCGACUACUACAAAAAGACCACCAACGGACGCCUGCCGGUGAAGUGGAUGGCACCCGAGGCCUUGUUCGACCGGGUCUACACGCACCAGAGCGACGUGUGGUCGUUUGGCGUGCUCACGUGGGAGAUCUUCACCCUGGGGGGCUCGCCAUAUCCCGGCAUUCCCGUCGAGGAGCUCUUUAAGCUGCUGAAAGAAGGACACCGCAUGGAUAAGCCCUCCAACUGCACCCAUGAACUCUACAUGAUGAUGCGCGAGUGCUGGCAUGCGGUUCCCAUCCAGAGGCCCACCUUUAAACAGCUGGUGGAGGAGCUGGACAAGGUGCUGCUGUCCAUCUCCGAUGAGUACUUGGACCUGUCGACACCCUUCGAGCAGUACUCGCCGUCGUGCGAGGACACAUCCAGCUCGUGCUCGUCCGACAACGACUCGGUCUUCACGCACGACGCGCUGUCCACUGAGCCGUGCCUGCUGGGCUACCAGGUCGCGCGCCCCCGCGGGGACCCCAAGACGGUACCCCGCUAAGGCCCCUGUGCCGGCAGGACGCGUUUUGGCUUUUUGAAUGGAGC